GAGCCAACGGUGGGCGGCGGGACCUCGGGGGGGACUGAGGCGCCGCGCAACACCUGCAUGGGCUCUUCAGGAAAGAUGGCGGUGGACCUGUACCACGCUCUCUGGAGCCCGCCGUCGCGGGCGGUGCGCAUGAUCGGCCGCGCCGUAGGAGUCCGGUUCAACCUCAUCACCUGCGAACCCAUCCAGGGCGACCACCUGAAGCCAGACUUCCUCAAGAUGAAUCCGAUGCACACGAUUCCCACCAUCAACGACAACGGCUUCGUGCUGUGGGAGAGUCGCGCCAUUGGGCAAUACCUGGUGUCAAAGUACGCACCACAAAGCACUCUGAUCCCGACCGACCUUCAGCAGAAAGCGCUCUACGAUCAGCGUUUGUUCUUCGACUACGCCAUGCUCCAAAACUUCUCCAAAACGAUGCGGCGGAUAUUCGUCGGCGGGACGCGGUUCGAGCCGAAGGACAUCAAACAGUGCCGCACCUCGCUCCAGCUGCUGGACCAGUUCCUCUCGCAGUCGACGUACGUGGCCGGCGAGCGCAUCACGCUCGUGGACUACACGGCGGCGGCCUCCGUCAUCACGUGCCAGCCGGAGAUGGUCGACCUCUCGACCUACCCUCACGUGCAGCGCUGGCUCGCCAGGGUGCGCACCGAGAUAGACGGUUUCGAAGAGAUCAACGGACCCGGAGUCGAGAUGAUCGGCAACGUCAUCGGUGCGGUGCUGUCAUCUGACGGUGACUCUUCGAAACUUUAGUUGGACCGCAGCCCGCUGGUGGCGCCACCCGCAAAGCGAUAGGGAUGCCACCACAGCGAUAGUUCGCUAUCGCUAAUCUAUUGUGGCCCCACAGCGGCAGAAAAGGGCUCGAUGAUCAGUGGAGCGAAGGUCUCAGCAUGCCGACUAAGACUAUUUGCAGAUGUUGGGAAUGGAUGGUACAGUGGUUGUGUCAUUCUGCCCCGCGCACGGUAGACGCAUAUCGGUAGAAAUGACUCAAGUGCGUGUAUAAUUGUUAACCUCGGUCGUCCCAUACGCCUGAGCUCGCGUUCACUGCAAUAAACACAUCGGGACUGCA